AUGGCGCUUCUGGGAAAAAGAAAACGGAUUAGUCAUGUUUUAACAAAUUCACAGUCGCAAAACACUGAUGUAUCUGUGCCUAGUGCUUCACAACAAGACUUAACAGCACAGGAAGAUGGUUUGAGAGGUCGUUUUGUGGAAGGAUCUAUUGUUCGCAUUACAAUGCAAAACUUCCUGACCUAUGACCAUUCUGAGGUUUUUCCUGGACCCAACCUGAACAUGAUUGUUGGAGCCAAUGGAACUGGCAAGUCCAGUAUAGUCUGUGCUAUCUGUUUAGGCUUAGCUGGGAAGACAGCGAUUCUAGGAAGAGGCGAUAAGAUCGGUCUGUAUGUGAAACGAGGGUGCAGUAAAGGCUCUGUUGAAAUUGAGCUAUACAAGAUUGGGGGAAACCUAGUCAUCAAUAGAGAGAUCUUUGUAGAAAACAACCAGUCUGUCUGGAUGCUCAAUGGGAGACACUCUAGCCAGAAGGCCGUGGAAGAGGAGGUGAAAGCUCUUCACAUCCAAGUGGGGAACUUGUGCCAGUUUCUGCCACAGGAGAAGGUGGGUGAGUUUGCCAAGAUGAGUAAAAUCGAGCUGUUGGAGGCCACUGAGAAGUCUGUGGGGCCACCAGAGAUGUACGAGUUUCACUGCGAGCUCAAGACAUUUCGUAACAAAGAGAGAGAGCUGGAGAAUGUAUGCAAGGAGAAGGCCAAUUUCCUGGAGAAGGCUCGACAGAGAAAUGAGAGGAACAAACUUGAAGUGGAGCGUUACUAUAUGAAGAAGAGACACCUGGACAUGAUCAAAAUGCUGGAGAAGAAGAAGCCCUGGGUGGAGUAUGAGACUGCCCGUAGGCAACUGGAGGAAGUGAAAAAAGACAGGGAGGAAAAGAAGAAGGCCUUGAAGUCUCUGAAAGAGGCCCAGGCUCCCAUGCUCAGAAAGAUCCAGUCCAUAGAGAACCAGCUGCAGCCCAUUGAGAGCCAGAUGAAAGAGAAGACUGCUGGCAUCAGAGAGGCGUCACUGAAAUGUAAACAGAAGCAAGAACAACUGGAUCGAAAGUAUAAGGAGAUUGAAGACAUCAAGCAGGACCUGAGACUGAAGGAGACAGAGGAGGCGGACCGGCAGAAGAGGAUCGAGAACACGCGUCGGAUGAUAGAGGACCUCCAGACGGAACUGGCCAAAAUGGGUAGCCAGGAGGACGUAACUCCUCGCAUCGAGGCUGUGAACUCGCAGCUGAGGAACAUCCAGGAGGACAAAUCCAAGGUGGAUAGCGAGCGCUCCGACCUGCGUAGGGACAAAGACGAGGCCAUGGGAGAGCGUGCACGUUUACAGAAUAGACUGAGGAGUCUGGAGGACAUAAUGAACAGGAAGGAGGAGAAGCUGCGAAGCCGUUUCCGUGACACCUACACAGCCCUGCAGUGGCUGAGGAAGAACCUGAAUCUCUUUGAGGGAAAUGUGUUUGAGCCUAUGAUGCUAGUAAUCAAUGUCCGUGACCCACGACAUGCCAAGUACAUUGAGAGCCACGUCCCUGUCAAUGACCUGCGAGCCUUUGUUUUCCAGAAGCAGCAAGACAUGGAAAAGUUUAUGACAGAGGUUCGAGAUUCUCAGAACCUCAGAGUGAAUGCAGUCAUUGCUCCUGCUGAGUCAUGCGCUGCCCGCCCUCCAUCGCGAUCCAUCGACACCCUAAAACGCUAUGGGUUCUUCUCCUACCUGCGCGAGCUGUUUGACGCACCUGAUGAAGUCAUGAGCUAUCUGUGUCACCAGUACAAAGUGAAUGACGUCCCUGUGGGAACAGACAAAACUAAAAGCAUGAUUGAGACAGUCAUCAGAGAAUCCCAGCUGAGGAUGCUCUACACAGCUGAUGAGAAGUACACCGUGAAGAAAUCAUCCUAUUCCAACAAGACCAUCUCCAGUAACUCAGCCCUGCGCCCCUCCCAGUUCCUAAACAUGGCCAUAGACGCAGAGGAGAGGCGGCAGCUAGAGGAGCACCUAAAGGCUGCUGAAAGACAGGUCCAGAAAAUUGAUGCUCAGAUGAAUGCAAUACAGGAGCAGCAAACCAAACUCGAUCGCCGUGACAACGAGCUACGUGCUCAGAAGAAACAGCUGUCUGAGCUCAAAGGCAAGAAGAGACAGCUGGAGCAGAAGAUAAGCACAAAACAGGAUAGUUUGAGGCAGAUGGAGCAGAGUGGAAUUGAUCUGAAGAAAGUUGAGGAGGAAACCACGGCUAAAAUUUCAGCUGUGAACCAACAAAAAGUGGCUAUUGUGGCAGAGUUUCUGGAGCAUAUGAAGAUGAGAGCAAGACUGAAUAUGGAGAAGGUGUACAUGGCACUGGAGACAGUGGGCCUCACUGCAGAGAGGACCAAACUGGAAACAGAGUGCCGGGAGAGCACACACGAGCACAGGAACUUAGAGAAAGCAUUUGCUGAAUUGGAUCAGAGGAAGACCAACCUAUUAAACACAUGUAAAAGCUUGAUGAGGAAAGCAAGUGAGAUCUGCAACAUGAACCCAGGAGAGACCGCUGUACCCCCAGAGCUGCAUACGGCAUUCAGCGAACUACCAGACACUCUGGAUGAGAUUGAUGCCAUGCUGAAUGAGGAGAGGACCAGAGCAGAGUGUUUCACUGGCCUCAGUGAUACGGUAGUAGAGGAGUAUAACCGAAGGGAGCAGGAGAUCAAGAAUAUGGAGAAGGAGUAUGACGAAAAGAUGAAUGCUCUCCACACUUACAGACAGAACAUAUCAGAGGCUAAGGAGCGCUGGCUGAACCCUCUGAAGCAGCUGGUGGAACAGAUCAAUGAGAAGUUCAGCGAUUUCUUCCGCUCCAUGCAGUGUGCCGGCGAAGUAGACCUACACUCUGAAAACGAAGAGGAAUAUGACAAGUAUGGGAUCCGUAUCCGGGUAAAGUUCCGCAGCAGCACCCAGCUGCAUGAGCUCACUCCUCACCACCAAAGUGGAGGAGAGCGCAGCGUGUCCACAAUGCUCUACCUCAUGGCCCUGCAGGAGCUCAACCGCUGCCCCUUCAGAGUGGUAGAUGAGAUCAACCAGGGUAUGGAUCCAGUGAACGAGAGAAGAGUGUUUGACAUAGUGGUCAGGACUGCCUGCAAAGGAAGCACCUCUCAGUACUUCUUUAUCACACCUAAGCUCUUACAGAACCUGCAGUAUGCUGAUGAAAUGACUGUGCUAUGUGUGCACAAUGGGCCUUACAUGCUGCCGCCUCAUAAGUGGAAUGAGAAGGCUUUUAUCAGACGCAUCAGACGCCAGUCAAACCAGUGA